AUGAAUCGCUGCAGCAACAGCUAUUUGGCUUCAGCUCGGAAAGAUAACUCAGAAGAAGUGGCUAGACGACGGGCAGCUAUGCUACAGCAAAUUGAACAGAGGCAAAAAUUGGCAAGGAAAUUGCAGGAAGAAAAAAUGGCACGAGCUGUUGCUCAGAAAGAAGAGCGUUUACUGAAGCAACGUGAACUUCAGCAACGAGAAAUGUUACGAGCAAAGGCAGUUUUAGAUCGUCGAGCUCAAGUUUUGGCCGAAAAAGAAAAAGAAAAAAAGGAAGCUGCAUUAGCGAAGAUUCAUGCAGUAGCAUCACGACUUAUGGCAAAGGGUAAAUCGCGUCCAGCAUAUGCAUUUGGUAGUAGUACACCUCGUGAACUUGGAUAUCUGACACAACUCAGCAAGGAGCAAAAGGUUUAUGAUAGCAAACUCGUGCCGUCGAAUCGCAGUCCAACAGCUACAUCAGGCUCCUCAGGUCGUUUGACAUCAACUCCUUGUUACGGGACACGCAGUCAUACGCCUCGUGCAACGAUGACAAGAAGCUUUUACGUUGCUCAGUCACAAUCUAAGAAACCACAAAAGCCAGUUGUAAAUAAUAUGACGCAAUCAGUAAUCAUUCCAACAAAACCUGUUAAACUCAAUCAAACAUCAGUUCAUGGUCGAUCGUUAGGACAGUGUCCGCGAACUGCUGCCAAAACACUGCUUCCUGCUACGGCCACAGUGACAAAAGUAGAAUCGAGGCUCAGUCAGCCAUAUGCAUCUUCUGUAUCUGCUCAAAUUAAUUCUAAAAAGAAAAACGAAGCUUUAAAAGCUAAAACAGUAUCAAGAAUAAGUCGCAAUGAACUGAAAGAAAAUACUGAAAGCAUAGGAGUUCGAACCGGAUCGGAAAAUACAGUUAUGAUUCCUAUUACAGAAACUCAGGUUCAAAUCAAUGUGGCAUGUCCAAUAGUCGAAAACACUGACGAACAACAACAGAAUAUGAAUUUAAAUGGAAUUGAAAAUUUAGAUAAGAAAAACGAUGUAAUAGAAUCUUCUGUCUUACCUUUUGUUCUCAACUCCCCCAUAGAUCUUUCUUUGAAAAAAGAAGAAAUUAAGGAAGAAGCAAAAAUAAAUGAAAUCGGAAAGACUAACUUUUCUGAAGCAGAUAUUAGUGACAACAGGAAAGAAAUAGUUGUUCCUAAAGUUGCCAUGAGUGAUGUGCGAAUAAUCGAAACGGCUGAAGAUUUUGUGCCGCCAAAUAAUAAAAAUGAACCAAAGGUAAUCGGUGCGUUGAAAGAGGAAAAGAUUGAUCAUGUAUAUCGUGAUGAAGAAGUGGAACCGGUCACGAAGCAGACACAAGAAGUUGAAUGCUCUACACUGCCAGAAACUGAACAGAAUGAAUCAAGCAUGCUAAAAACAGAUCAAGAUGAUUUGGUUACAGACUAUUCAAACUUAGUUCGCAUUCCGUCUGUCGCUGAGAUAGAAAAGAAUUCUGAAAGCAACAUGCAGAUUGCAGUGCCAGAAGAAUCAGCAGUUGUAGAUGGAAAGUUGUCUGACCCGCCUAAAAGUGAUGAAGAAAAGAACCAACCUUGUGUAAUGGUAGAAGUGUCAGAAUCUGACACGGAAAAAAGCGCUGUAAAAGAAGAGAAAAAAAUAGUGGUAAUGCAAAGCAGCUUGACACCGAAAACAAAUGACGCAAAAGUUUUUGACGAUUUAAAAUUAGCUGAAGAAAAAGACUUAUUCAAAGAAAGACGUCGCAUUCAGGAUGAACUUCUCGAAAAAGAGCAACGGGAACGGGAAAUGCGAAAAGCCAAGCUAGCAUCUAUUAUGAGCAGAACUCGUGGUUUACCUCCGAUGGCUGUCGUUGCACCAACGAAGAAUCUUCAAGUUUCUGAGGUUAUUUCCCAGGAUACUCUGUCCAAAGAUCGUAUAACUACAGCAGUCGAACCAACAUCAAUCAAAGCUGCUCUCAGUCAUACCACUGCUUCUGUCCUUCAGAAGUUAGCGACAACAAAUCCUAAAUUGUUGUCUGUUCUGCAGCGCAAUGGGUCCAGUCAAUCCUUAGCUGAUGAACUAUCUGCAGCUGAUCCAUCGAUGUCAAUGACGCUUCCAAGUCAACCGGUUUAG